GGUCAAACAUCUCCAAGUGUAAGAUUUAGUAUGGAGCAAGGAAUAAAUAAUACUGCUUAUAUUCAUAGUCUUACCUUAUAUUUUUAUAAAUUAGGUUAUUGUUCUAAUAUCACUCCUCAUCUUGUAAAGAAAUCUGAUAAAGAUAGUGCAAGAGAGUUGGAAGAUAGGUUUAAUUAUAGAUUAACUCUAUAUACUUUUACUUCAUUAUUGUGA